UUCAAAUUAACAAUGAAAUCACUCAUACAAACUAUCAACAAACUACAAGAUGUUUUUGCAGUAGUUGGUGAACAGCAAAUCGUUGACUUACCACAAAUUGCGGUAGUUGGAACACAGAGUUCUGGUAAAAGUUCUGUGCUAGAAAGCAUCGUGGGAAAAUCAUUUUUACCUCGAGGAACUGGUGUUGUUACCAGAGCGCCAUUAGUUAUACAAAUGGUUAAAUACACCGAGGAAACAAGAAAAACGAUGUUGAAAUCAAAUAACAUUGAAGACAAAGAAAACCUAACAGAAUGGGCCGAGUUCCUGCAUAAGCCAAAUAUAUUUUAUAUUGAUUUUGAUUUGGUACGUAAGGAAAUUGAAAGUAGAACAGACAUUCUCGCAGGAAAUAAUAAAGGCAUCACUAACAAACAAAUUGUGUUAAAAAUUCACACUAAUCGCUAUGAUCUGACUUUUGUGGAUUUGCCAGGUAUAACAAAAGUGGCGGUCGGAGACCAACCUGAAGAUAUUGAUGAACAGAUACAGAAAUUGAUUAUUUCAUAUGUAAAACAACCCAAUUCUAUUAUUUUAGCAGUGGUGACUGCGAAUACGGAUCCAACAACAAGUGAAAGUCUUCACUUAGCAAAGAAGUUGGACCCAGAUGGCAUCAGAUCUAUAGCAGUGGUUACAAAAUUGGACCUAAUCGAUGAAGGAACACAACAAGACACAAAGGAUUUACUGUGCGGCAACAGAAUUCCAGUGAAACUAGGUAUUAUCGGAGUGGUGAAUAGAAGUCAAAAAGACAUCGUUGAGAAUAAAUCAAUGGAUGCGACAUUAGUGUCAGAAGCAGAAUUUCUAAAAACUAAUUACCCAGAUAUAUGUACGAAACACGGUAACGAGGCGUUAGUUCACACGUUACAGACGGUAUUGUUAACACACAUAAAAAAGGUGUACCCAAAACUUAGAGUUGAACUUGAAKUAAUUAAAAGUAAAUUGGAAAGACUACUUAUACCACAAUACAAACCUGAUGAACAAAUGUCGUUUUUAGCAGGACUUUUAAAAGAUAUUAGCAUAUCAUACGAAAACAUUAUGAACGGUAAUCAAGACGAUGUUCCGAUCGAUAAAAUUGUUGGCGGUGCCAGUGUCGUUCGAAUAUUCCAACAAAAAUAUUUAAAGAGUAUCAACAGCAUAGACCCGUUUCAAGACUUAUCAAAUGAAAAUAUUGCAAAUAUUUUAGCAAAUACAUCAGGCACUUAUCAAUGUACUUUUGUAAAUGAAAAAGGGUUACAAAAAAUCAUAAAACGGCAAUUAAAUAACUUAAUCGAGCCGUCGUUGGACUGCGCAGAAUUGGUGUGCAGUGAGAUGUUCAACCUUUUCAACUCCAUUGACGUAAAAUUGUUGGACACGCUCAGACGAUAUCCACAACUCUAUGAAGAUGUGCAAAAAGUGUUUCAGAGGUUGCUAGACGAAAAUUUAAAACAUAUCAAAGAAUUUAUUGUAUCAUACAUAGAAACUUAUCAGGAAUGUAUAAAUACAGCAAAUCCAGAUUUUAUCUCGGAAAUAGUUAUGUCUAACAGUACAAUUCAAGAAGAAAUUAUUGCAGGUGUAAACAUAAAGAAACACGAAAGUGAUUAUAAACAAGAACUAGUUUUGGGCUCAAACGGCAUGCCAAUUUUUCCAAUACCCGACAGAAUGGCCCAAAUUGAAAGAUUAAAAACUGUUAGAAUUCAGAUGUUAAAUCACUUAUUAUCAGGCAUUAAUAACCAGGAAGUAUCAUUGGAAGCGUCUGAACAGGUAAGAUUACAUAGGUAUUUAAGUCAAUGUUAUUUUGAGUACAUCAGGAAAAUCGUGCGGGACUUUGUGCCUAAAAGAAUAAAUCAUAAAAUGGUUAUUUCAUUUUUAAAAGUUCUUGAUAAGCGUUUAAAUGAAGACAUAUUUCAAGCUUAUUUAAAAGAAAAUAAAAUUGGUGAAGUACUUUUAGAAAUGGAAAGCAUCAGAAAUGAAAGAAAAAAUAUUGAAAUCAAGUUGGAUGCUGUUGGAAAAGCGUUAAAAAAUAUGGUUGAUAUUCAAUACUUGUAAUUAGAAAUGUAUAUUCUUACCUACGUUAAAUAUAAUAUUUCAAACGUUUCAUG